AAAUAUCGCCUCCAGGUGGCACGACAGAAGUGGAGUGGAGAUGCGAGUAACAGUAGAGAAGAGGAGGUAGCUAAAGCCUGCCAUGGUCCACCCUUCCAUUCUGUUUUGGUCUUUUCUAUGGAGAUUGGAUCAAACUAUUUUCUAAAUCCGUCCGAUUUCAACUUUUGCCCAAAAAAACUGAUCGAUUAUGAUUAUCUGGAAAGAAGAGAGACGUUCGAGGGAUUAGAGAAAGACAUUUUCUUCCACAAAUAGCUCUGUACAUGAACUUCAGUGAAAAAUCAAACAUGAAAGGUCAUCAGUACAGAAUACCAAUUCCUCUGGAACCCUUGAAAGAUGGGCACAACAUCGAUCCUAAAGAGAAAUUAUUCUUGGAAGCAGCAGAAAGAGGUGACAAACCGACUAUGAUCAGAUGUCUUCAGCCUCCCAAUCCCGUUAAUGUCAACUGUACCGAUAUUAUUGGCAGAAGUGCCAUACAAAUAGCAGUUGAUAACGAAAAUGUAGAAAUAGUAGAAAUUCUAUUGAAGGAGAACGUUAAAAUCGGAGAUGCUCUUCUCUACGCUAUCAGAGAAGGCGUUUACAAAAUAGUAGAAAUGUUGAUCAAUCAUCAUAGCAUCACCUGCGACAUGCUAUCUAAUGAUUGGUCAAAAUCGAAAACACCGGGUGAAGAAAGUUCGGAUUAUUCACCAGACAUAUCACCUGUCAUCCUAGCAGCUCAUUGUAACCAGUUCGAGAUCCUACAAUUGUUGUUAUCGCGUGGCGCCGUUAUAGAAAAACCUCAUCAACUCUCCUGCGUUUGUCAAAAAUGUCACGAGGGAAUGCAUACCGACAGUUUGCGCCAUUCACUCUUUAGGAUCCAUACCUAUCGUGCCCUAGCAAGCCCUGCCUGGAUGUCUUUGACUAGCGAAGAUCCUAUUCUUACAGCGUUUAAGCUUUCUUGGGAAUUGGAGCAUUUAGCACACAAAGAGAACGAAUUCAAGGAUAUUUAUUUGGAAUUAAGUAAUCAGUGCAAAAAGUAUUCUUGCGAUCUUCUCGAUUUGUGUAGAAGUACUGAAGAAGUGAUUACUUUAUUGAAUAAAAGUUCGGAUUCCGAUUCGGAAAGUGAUGACGAAGGAAAUGAAAAGUUGACUUUGUCUCGCUUGAAGUUGGCGCUCAAAUACGAACAAAAACAAUUUGUAGCUCAUCCAAAUUGCCAACAGCUAUUGACUUCCAUUUGGUAUAAAGGACUUCCAGUAUGGAGAAGACGAAAUGGUGCCAUGAAGAUGUUUCUCUGCUUCGUCCUCAUCGCUUGUGUUCCUUUGAUAGCUUUUUAUUAUCUGUUUUUCCCGCGCUCAAGACUAGGUAGAUUGGUUCGGUCGCCAUUUAUGAAGUUUAUAUAUCACAGUGCCUCCUUUGGAUUUUUUUUAUUAUUGCUGGUGCUGGCAUCGACUAGAACUGAAGGUAGUGAAAGAACGAGACAAAAUAUUCGCGGUCCAUUCCCGUCCUUAGUCGAAUGGCUCAUCUUCUUUUGGGUUACAGGCAUGGUUUGGGCAGAAUGUAAACAACUUUGGGAAGAAGGUUUGAAGGCUUACGUUCGACAGUGGUGGAACUGGUUAGAUUUUAUAAUGCUCUCCUUAUACUUAGCCACGUUUUCUUUGAAAGCCGUAGCAUUUUUCCAGAUUCAUAGCGAAAAAUAUGGUCCUCGCGUUUUAGAGAGACCCAGGUGGCCAAAUAACGAUCCUACAUUGAUAGCGGAAGGCGUUUUUGCCGUUGCCAAUGUCUUCAGUUUUGCGCGUAUUAUUUAUUUAUUUCAAACAAAUCCUCACCUUGGUCCUCUACAAAUAUCACUCGGUUGCAUGAUCAUCGACAUUGCAAAAUUUCUCUUCAUAUUCUUUCUCAUUCUCACUUCAUUUGCGUGUGGAUUAAAUCAGUUGUAUUGGUAUUACGAUGCCAGUAUGGAAAUUUGCCAAACAAAACUUAUCAACGGUGAAAACGUCACCUAUAAUUGCCAAAAUAGCUCCGAUGCCUUUAUGACCAUCGAUUCCAGUUAUACAGCUCUUUUGUGGUCUCUAUUUGGAGUUAUUCCUAUCAAAGAAUUGAGUUAUCGUCGUGAUCAAGCAUUCAUCAAGUGGGUGGGCCAUGCUCUUCUCGGUGCUUAUAUGAUAAUGGCAAUGACCGUGAUGAUAAACAUGCUUAUUGCCAUGAUGAGUAGAUCUUUUCAAGAUAUAGAGGACCAUGCCGAUCGCGAAUGGAAAUUUGCACGUUCCAAAUUGUGGAUGGGUUAUUUUGAUGAAGGAUCCACGCUUCCUCCUCCUCUAAAUCUUAUCAUUAGCCCUAAAUCUAUAUAUUAUUUACUUCGAGGUGUUCAAAAGUUCGGGGCUAGACUCUUCGAUCAUUUUUGUCAGUCUUCUCCCUACGAUAGUCAUUCUGUCAAGCCUGAAAACAAAUAUGUCAACUACGUAGGAAAUAUAUCUGAUGUCAAAAAUAAGCAAAAUGAAAAACACGAUACGAGAAAAAAGAGCUCAAUUGGUAGUAAUUAUCAGGAGAUAAUGAAGAGAUUGGUGAAUCGAUAUAUUCAUCACACCAAGAAACAACUUAGACAGGAUGGAGUGAACGAAGACGACCUUUUAGAAAUAAAGCAGGACAUAUCCAGUCUCAGGUACGAGUUGCGAGAAGAUAGAAAGAAGGAGACCAUUAGAAAUACGGGACAACUUAACAAUAUUAAAUCGGACAUCUUGAGAUCGUUUAGAUCAUCUCAUCUCAAUCCUCCCGGAUACCAAGAUGUAGUCGAAACGAAUCACUUAUCCAUUAACGAAAUAGAAGUGAUUAAAAGAGAAGUUGUAAAUGCGGUACGUGAAGAGUUACGCGAAGCGAUUAGAGAAAUACAACAGACUGUUCGAGGUCAUCCACCUGUACAACCUCAUACUUCAAUGAACCCUGAUCUCUAUCACACACAUCUUUACACCCAGUUGUGAUGAAUUUUACCACAGCACUCUCAGGGAAGUGUCACCUAGCGUGGGAGUGCAAAGGGCACCAAACAUUCCGACUUGUAGCUUGCAUCUGGUUCACAUACCUAAGUUCGGGUGUCCGACUAUCCUUUCUUUUUUUAUUUUCUGGUGCCUGAACAGUUCAAGUUUUAUGCUAUUGCCUUAACCUAUCACGUCUAACACAGAGAUGAUAAAUUUGCAACUUUUCCUAAUUUAUUUAUAUGUUUUGGUACAAAAAAAAAAAAUAAUAAUAAGUACAAUCAUUGACUGUUUUAAAAAUCGACGAGUACAAUUGGUCUCUAAGAGAUUAGUACUCGUUGACAUUCGAGCUUAAUUUUCAUCGUUCGAGAAUUAAGCUCAGUAUUAAAACUUUUAAAUAAUGAAUAACCCAAGUGAAAAAAAAAGAGAAAUAUUUUGAAAUAAUUUACUAAUCAAAACGAACUGAUUAUAGAAUGAUCUUUAUAAAAAUAUUUGGCAUAGUAACAACACAAAUAUCGAUAUACAUAAAUAAGUUUCGAUUUAUUCAUCCUUAAAUAAUUUUCGAGAUAAUCAUGAUAAUGCAUUGUAUAACUAAAUAUAUCAGCAUUGUUCGUAUAGAGAUAUGUCAUUUACGAUAGAAUGAAUUGUGGUGCAAUAUUUAGGAUAAUUUUAUAUAGGCCUAUAGAAGCAUUUACGUGAAUAUUAGUAAAAAAUCUUGAAUAUAUGUUAAGUUUACUGUCUAUUAUUUUACAAUAAUACAAACAUACGUUUUAUCUAUCAGAUAAAUACAGUAAUAUACUGUAUAAACCGUUAAGAAGCUAUGAAAUAAAUCCUUUCCACUUUCAAGUUUGUAAACACUAAAAAAAAAGAAAAUAAUAUUAAGUGUCACGUAUAAAGAAUAAACGACGUUAUAUACGCCUUUAUCGCAAUAAUACAGUUUUCAAAAUAUUUGUAAAAAAUAAAUUUGCGGAAAUAUUUAAAUAAAUUUAUACAAAUAAGAAUUGUUGCAAUUAAAUAUAAUUUGUGAUAUUUCGUUCUGCCAUCUUCGAAAUCAGAUUUGAGCAAUAAUAAAAAUUAAAAAAAGAAAUAAAAAGGAUGUGGUGUUGAUAUUAUUAUUGAUCAGAUUAAGCAGCGAUAAAGAUGUUACAUUAGUCAAGAUUUAUGAGAAAAUUAUUUUAAGCUUUAUUUGGUUAGGAA